AUGGGCCAAGAUUCAUUAAAGAUUGGCGUUGGUAUUAUUUUUCAUGAUUUGUUGGAAAGAGAUUUGAAUAUAAAAGUCACAAGAACUGAUAUUGAUAAUUUUAAAGCAGCUCCAGAUUCAAAAUUUUCAUUUGAAUAUGAUUUCAUCUUAACAAAAUCGAGUUUCAAUAAAGUUUUGAUAUUUCGAAACCUACACAAACUAGAUUCAAAUUCUUUCAUCCCUUCAGAGGAGUGUCCUAUUUGUAUUGACGAGUUUGAGAAAGACUCAGAAAUAAUACUUUUACCAUGUGGCCAUCACUUCCAUUUUGAAUGUUUAUUGACGCAUGGUAACUUUGCAGGUUCUUAUCGAAGAUUCCUUCCAGCAACUGGACAUAUCAUGAGGCAAAGGGUUGGUGGUAAUAUUCAAUGUCCUUUGUGUCGAUUGAAUCUCCUUCAACAUUAUUUGUUUUUCAAAGAAAAUGGGUUGGAUCCAAGAGAUGUGGUGUACUGUAAUAAUGAGUGA